CACCGUGGGAGGUAAGGAGUCGCUCCGGCCGCCGGAGGAGCCGCGCUUUCGUUCCGAGAGGGCCGUGAGAUGGCUCGCCGCCGGUUGCCCGGUCGCCACAGGCUUUAAUCGCGACCAAAGGUUUCUCUGAAGCUUAAUCUUCAAGAUGAAGUUCUUACUAGCAGUUUUCUUUUUCAUCUCGUUCUCCUUAUGGGUUGAAGAAGUCUAUUCCAAAGAGAAGUCUUCAAAGAAAGGAAAGGGGAAGAAGAAGCAAUAUCUAUGUCCCUCCCAGCAAUCAGCUGAAGACCUUGCAAGAGUACCUGUUAAUUCUACCAGCAAUAUCUUGAAUAGGCUAUUGCUCAGUUAUGAUCCCAGGAUAAGGCCUAAUUUCAAAGGAAUUCCAGUCGAUGUUGCAGUCAACAUCUUCAUUAACAGCUUUGGGUCAAUUCAAGAGACAACUAUGGAUUAUAGAGUCAACAUCUUUCUAAGACAGAAGUGGAAUGACCCCAGACUCAAACUGCCCAAUGAUUGGAGAGGUUCAGAUACGCUGACAGUGGACCCAACUAUGUUUAAAUGUCUUUGGAAGCCAGACUUAUUCUUUGCAAAUGAAAAAAAUGCUAACUUCCAUGAUGUCACACAAGAAAAUAUCCUUCUUUUUAUAUUUCGGGAUGGAGAUGUCCUGGUCAGCAUGAGAUUGUCUAUUACUCUGUCAUGCCCUUUGGACUUGACCUUGUUUCCUAUGGAUACACAGCGCUGCAAGAUGCAAUUGGAAAGCUUUGGUUACACAACUGAUGACUUACGGUUUAUCUGGCAGUCUGGAGAUCCUGUACAGCUAGAGAAAAUUGCUCUGCCUCAGUUUGAUAUUAAAAAGGAGGAUAUUGAAUAUGGUAACUGUACCAAGUACUAUAAAGGCACAGGUUAUUACACUUGUGUAGAAGUAAUCUUCACUUUAAGAAGACAAGUUGGAUUUUACAUGAUGGGUGUUUAUGCUCCUACACUGCUAAUUGUUGUUCUGUCCUGGCUGUCAUUUUGGAUCAAUCCUGAUGCAAGUGCUGCAAGAGUCCCACUGGGUAUUUUCUCAGUGCUCAGCUUGGCAUCUGAAUGUACCACUCUUGCUGCUGAGCUUCCCAAAGUGUCUUACGUGAAGGCCUUAGAUGUCUGGCUGAUUGUUUGCCUUCUCUUUGGGUUUGCAUCCCUGGUGGAGUACGCGGUGGUUCAGGUAAUGCUAAACAAUCCAAAGAGAAUUGAAGCCGAAAAAGCAAAGAUUGCCAAGGCAGAGCAAGUGGAAGGAAAGGGUGGAAAUGCUGCCAAGAAGAACACUGUGAAUGGCACAGGGACUCCUGUCCACAUCAGCACUUUACAGGUUGGUGAGACCAGAUGCAAAAAAGUUUGCACUUCGAAAUCUGAUCUGAGAUCCAAUGAUUUCAGCAUUGUUGGAAGCUUGCCAAGGGAUUUUGAAUUAUCGAAUUAUGACUGUUAUGGGAAGCCCAUUGAAGUCAACAAUGGGCUCGGGAAAUCUCAAGCCAAGAACAACAAGAAGCCUCCUCCUCCCAAGCCUGUCAUUCCAUCAGCAGCAAAGAGAAUCGAUCUUUAUGCAAGAGCACUGUUCCCUUUUUGCUUCUUGUUCUUCAACGUCAUCUACUGGUCCAUAUAUUUAUGAUAAAACUUUUAUUUAUUUUUUUCAUAUGUGUAAAAUAAUCCCAUUUCAUUACCCCUUCCCAGUCAUGAAGGCCACUGUAUGAAAUUAUUUGCAUUUGCAAAGCAAUAUGUUGCAUUUUGAUGCCAUGCGAUUGUACUGAACAUAUGGCAUCUGAAAUUUGAAUGAAAGCAUGACACUGCAAUGUCUGUGCUCUGACCAGCGUUGUAUAUAAAUGUACAGCAUACAUCCUGCUUUAGGAAUAUAUAUGAAGGACAAUGCAUACUACAUUAUAAAGCUGAAUAACGCUCUUCAGUUAUUAAUAACAUACAGAGAUUUAAAGUGUUUCUGACAAUGAAACUGAUGUGCACGUUGAGUAUUAUUAAAAUCAGUAUUCUAGUAUAUGUAGUAUUUAACAGCUUUUAUGCUGACUUCCAGAGGAGAAAAACCCAAACCCCAAACAUCUUGUUCUUGUGUAAUUUUAGAUGGCACUGUUGAAGAAAAAGCUAAGAUGUAAUUCGUAUUAUUGAGACUUUGUAAGUGAAGGCAGCAUCGAAUAAGCUGAUCUUGUCUAUGUGGAAAAAUAAAGAUCAGAGAAUUACUAAUUUUGUAAAAUCAGCUCAUUUGGAAAAAACCCAACAAUUGUAUCUAUCAAGCAGGCACACUUAAGUGUGUGAGAAUAUGCUGACAAUAAAACAUUGGGCCAAA